ACCUCGGGUCUCCGACAGUCCCUCUGCCCAGAGGAGGCAAGUUGGGGGCCGGGCUCUCAAGGCUGUCGACCGCCUUGGGGGCAUCCUUUCAGCCGGGGCGUCGGUAUCUUGGGGUGCUCGGAGGUGUGCGGGGACCGGACGCACGGCUGAAGCAGCGCCCGUUUGCAGCACUGACUCCCCUCCUGGGACGAGCUUCGACACCUGGGCCCGACUCAGCUGAAAGGCACCCUCCCCCACCCCCAGACGUCUCCCCAGCCCCAAAACAGGGCCUUGGUGGAUCCGGGCUGCGUGGGUGGGGGCUGUGUUCGUGCCAUUCGGGCUGAAGCCCCCGCAGUUCUGGAUUUUUUAGUGGGGUUGCCUUAAAAGGGGCCCUCGGGCAGGGGAGGAUCUCUCGGCGCCUUUCCAUUUCUGUGCUUUUCCAUCCUGCGGAUUUGAUCCCAGAAUUGUGAUCUCCUGAGCGAAGAUGGGCAAGGGCUGCAAGGUUGUAGUUUGCGGAUUGUUAUCUGUGGGGAAAACUGCAAUUUUGGAGCAGCUUCUUUAUGGGAACCAUACUAUAGGAAUGGAAGACUGCGAGACCCUGGAAGACGUGUACAUGGCUUCAGUGGAAACAGACCGGGGCGUCAAGGAGCAGCUGCAUCUCUAUGACACCAGAGGCCUACAGGAAGGCGUGGAGCUGCCAAAGCAUUAUUUUUCCUUUGCCGAUGGCUUUGUUCUUGUGUACAGUGUGAAUAACCUCGAGUCCUUUCAAAGAGUGGAGCUCCUAAAGAAAGAAAUCGACAAGUUCAAAGACAAGAAAGAGGUGGCCAUUGUCGUACUAGGAAACAAACUGGACCUCUCUGAGCAGAGACAAGUGGAUGCGGAAGUGGCCCAGCAGUGGGCCAGGAGCGAGAAAGUGAGGCUGUGGGAGGUGACGGUGACCGAUCGGAAGACUCUCAUCGAGCCCUUCACCCUGCUGGCCAGUAAACUUUCCCAGCCGCAGAGCAAAUCGAGCUUCCCUUUGCCUGGGAGGAAAAACAAAGGGAACUCCAGCUCUGAGAUGUGAAAUCACGAUCCCACGCGUCUUCAUGUGUCUGUGAACAUGGGCAACAGCAGAAGGCCCCUAAGGACGGACGCCACUGAAAGCACUUUAGGUUGUGAUUUAAAUACUCAGUUGCAGUUGCUAUUACCCGAUAGGAAAGGUUUUCUCACUCCCACUGUGUACAACCCGUCCCUGAAAUUAGCACCUUGGUUAUUUUUAUUUGUUACACUUAUCAAACACUGACUUUCGACAGUAUGCAAAUGUUUUACCGCUAACUGUUCCCGUCUCAUAAACCGCCAUCCUGUGUGUUGCCAGCCUGAGCAUAGCUUUAUUUCUAAAUGGUCACGAAUCACCUAUUAUCUGGGUGAUGAGACUUGGCAUUUUCUCUCUGUCGGAGUACAGGAGUAUAGGAGUGCCCAGUAAAUGAUCUGGGUAUUAAGUGAGUUAAGCUUUCUCCUGUAUGAGUCUGAACAAAACUUACAAUAUAGCUUAGCUCCAAAUGCAUGUUUAUAACACCUUGAGCUAGGUGGGGUAACUAGGUUUAUCCAAGGCCAUUUUCUGGUCCUUUCUGCUGGUGCCUGAUUGAUAAACCCAAGACAUGGUUUCAUCGGCUAAGUAAGGCCUUAAGGACAAUCAAGCUUCCCUUUUCCAGAAGGAUGACUAUGUUCUGAACAAGUCUUCUACAUACCUAGCCAUUUAGAAUAAAACAGGUCAUGAAGAUACUGGCCUCAAGGGUAGUCUUAGGCGAUCUGGCCUCUGCUAAGGUUUCCUGAAGAUUUUGCCAGGAUUUGAACCAUGGGGCUAAUUGUAUAAAGGGAGUUCAAAACAUCUGUGGACAUUUUCUAUUAUUCUACUUUUCCACGAACUCUUUGAAGCGCCCUAAUAUUUAGAAUGCUGACGGCAUUAUAACUUAGCUAUUGAUCAGAGAACACGUGAAAGCAUCUAGUGAGCUCAACACCUUAGAUUGGAUAGUUUUAGUAAGGCUUAGUGGCUCAGGUUAGUGAACUCAAGCCAACAGCUGCAUACAGAAGAGCUACAGUGGCUGUAAACCACCCAGUCCUGUGCUACUGCGUAAUUAGUGAUGUGCUAAAACCAUCCUGUUCACCGUGCCGAUCCUUUUCUGUUGCUCCUGUGCAUCGAACACUUAUUGCUUUUUUAAACAUGACGUACUUGAGAUCACCCCGCAGAUUGCUUUUUUCCUGACUGAAAACUUGGAUCUAUGAUUAGUAGUUACCUCUCCUCCCUACAAGCCGUCAAUAAACACUCAUGCAUAUUCA